CCGUAAUAGUGGCCUGCUCCAGUCUUCUCUGCGGUACCAUGAGGACGUUACGAGUCCUGACACUUCUUUCGGCAGCAGUCCUGCUUUGCAGCGCUGCCCCAGGUUUGGAGCCACUAACAUGCAGUGAAGGUAACGGUCCGGCGGCAGCAGAUAAGGCAGUGCAUCACAUCAAUGAGCAUCACGACCAUGGCUACAAGUUCAGACUGCAUGAAGUUCAAGGGAACAGUGUGGAACAGGUUGAUGGUGGAUGUAACGUAAAGUUGCAGCUGGAUCUUCGGGAAACAAAAUGCCACACUAUCAACCCGAAACCCUUUGAGGACUGUGAAAUACGUGGCAUGGGAGAGCGGGCAGUGAAGGCCAACUGCACUGUGUUGAUGACUAUAAAAGAUGGUGAUGCCGACAUAACCAAAUAUGAAUGUGACACACGACAAGAAAAAACUAACUUGGAGAUGGUACGCAUCUGCCCUGACUGUCCUGUGCUGCUGCCUCUCAACAACUCUGAAGGUCUCAAGUCUGUUCGUGAAGCGACAGCAGAAUUCAACAAGAACACCAGUAACCAGCAUUACUACAUCUUGAAGGAAGUGGGGCGGAUAUCAACUGGGUACAUAAUGGGAUUAGGAAUGAACUACUAUCCUGAGUUUGUACUUGUGGAGACUCAUUGCCCAAUGGGCUCUAGAAUCAUAAUUGAGGCAUGCAUUCCACUUUGUCCUAACAGAGCUCGUCAUGCUUUCUGCCGUUCAUCUUACUCCAGUCAAAAUGGACUCCUGUCCACUGAGUGUGAUUUCUAUCCUGCAGAGAACACCACUGCCCUUGGGCCUGGUGAGAAGGAGCCUGUCUGUGGACGUCAUCCACAUGGUCAUGGUGGCCCCCCUCCACAUGCUCACGACCAUGGUCGUGGCCCCCCUCCACAUGCUCACGACCAUGGUCAUGGCCCCCCUCCAGAUGCUGGCAAAGGAGGACGCCCUCCACAUGCUCACGACCAUGGUCAUGGCCCUCCUCCACAUGCUCACGACCAUGGUCAUGGCCCCCCUCCAGAUGCUGGCAAAGGAGGACGCCCUCCACAUGCUCACGGCCCCCUCCACAUGCUCACGACCAUGGUCAUGGCCCUCCUCCUACUGGUGGCAAGGGUAAAGGGUCAUUUCACCCCCUACUGCGCUGCAUUUAUCCAUGUCACGGAUUCCUAGUCAAUCCUGACCCAGCUCUCCACCCUAUUUGCCCCUGGCCUCUUCCUCACCGCCCACACAACUAAUCCAGAAUUAGCUGAACAUUGCCAAAUAAAGAACAUGGUUGUUCUGCAUGCAAUGUGCCAAAAUAUAGUGCAUACAAAAUAAACCAUCGAGGUGUUGACUACUUGAA